UGAAUGAUUUCCUCCUCGGGUAGGGGUCUGAUGCAAAUGAGCAUAAAGGAAGUUGUCAGCUGCAUUCUGCUUCAGCCAAUAGUAGCAGAGCUCCAUCUUAGCUAUACCAGAGGCUGUAUUAAACAGCAGAUCAGCACUGCUCCAGCAUCCUUUCUGAAAAGAGAGCAACUGCAGAGAAAGGGCCCAGAGGACUAUCCAAACAUGGCAACAUUCAACAUUAGCCGUCUGAAUGAAACUACAUCCCUCAAUCACAACGUUGGUUUCCAAGUGCAGAAAAUUUAUCCCUUCCAUGACAACUGGAACACUGCCUGCUUUGUCAUUCUGCUCGUAUUUAUAUUUACUGUAAUAUGUCUGGUGGUGCUAGCUUUCCUAUAUGAGCUGCUUGACUGUUGCUGCUGUGUGAAAAACAAAACCGUGAAGGAUUUAGAGAAUGAACCCAAUCCCGUUAGAUCUAUGAUGGACAACUUCAGGAAACGAGAAACAGAAGUGGUGUAGUGGUGGACAGAUCACUAACACCUGCAUCAAAACAGAUAUUCAGCAUCAUAAUGAAGCCUCCCGCAUCUUAGGACCAAGCAAGUCAGAGUCUGCUUAGCCUUAAAUGUAAUUAUUAGCACCGUUUCUGUUUAUUGGUGGAUAUGAACCUGAACUGUUCACAAAAAUGCUUUUAAUAAUGGAUGAUCAGUCACAGUGUCAUGUGGAAAUGGGUAUUUUUUUCAUUUUGUUUUAUAAUGAACUUGUCUUGAAUGGAAUUAAUGAUUUGAGUAAAAUCUGGUUCAUCUGA